UUAUUACAAUACUCAGACUGCAAUAUAAUACGAGAAUAACCGAUAGUACGUCAGAUGUGAUCUUACUUCAAUGGUGAAUAGUGUUAUUGGAUUAUUUAUAAGAUGAAAGUUGUAGCGAUCACGGCUGCGCUUUGUGCUACAAUAUUUGUGAAAUUCUCCGAUUGCCACAAGGGCUGUCAAAAUCCAAUAGUAACAGUCCGGGAAGGGCGAAUAAAGGGUUCAGUGCACACUCUUAUAGAUGGAUCCACGGCUUAUAGCUUUAAAGGCAUACCUUAUGCAAAGCCUCCAAUCGGAAAACUACGAUUUAAGGCACCAUUGCCCCCAGAACCUUGGGUAGGUGUAUACGAAGCAUUAAAUCAUGGGGCGGUAUGUCCACAAAUAGACAUAACCACAGAAGAAUUAAUUGCAGGAAAUGAAAGUUGUUUAUUCUUAAAUGUUUUUACAAAAUCCUUAAAGUCAUCAGCUAAAUUACCAGUAAUGGUAUACAUUCAUGGUGGAGCUUUCACGUCUGGAUCAGGUAACUCAGAAUUUCUAGGUCCAGACUAUUUAUUACAGCAUGACGUUAUUCUGGUCACAAUGAAUUAUAGACUAGAAGUGCUAGGAUUUUUGAGUUUAGAUAUUCCAGAAGUACCUGGAAAUGCAGGCAUGAAAGAUCAAGUUGCUGCGUUAAAAUGGGUAAAAAAUAAUAUAGCACAAUUUGGUGGUGAUGCAAAUAAUGUGAGUAUUUUUGGUGAAAGUGCUGGUUCAGCCGCUGUUAGUCAUCAUGUAUUAUCACCAAUGUCUAAAGGUUUAUUUAAGAGAGCAAUACAACAAAGUGGAACAUCUAUAGAUGACUGGGGUGUUGGUAGAAAUCCAGUUGCGAGGGCUUUCAGAGCAGCAAAGGUGCUUGGAAAAGACGCUAAAGAUGUUUAUGAACUAUUGGAGUUCCUUCAAAGUGUGCCAGCUCUGGAUCUUGCUGGAUUAACAUUUAAAACAGAUACAGAUGAUGAAAAAAACAGAGGCCUUCCCAUACACUUUGCACCAGUCAUAGAAAAGAAAUUCAAUAAUGUAGAAUCAUUUUUAUGCGAAGAACCACUAGAUACUUUGCUCGCGGGUAAAACAAACAAAGUUCCAAUAUUGAUUGGAUAUAAUUCAGCUGAAGGUCUACUAAUGUUAUCCGAUCACUUAACGAAAGCAGACUUUAGAAAUAAAAACCCUCAAUAUUUAGUUCCUCGAGAACUAGCACAAAGAAUAUCAGAGACUAAGACAAAAGAAUUUGGAGAGCGCAUAAAGAAGUUUUAUGUAGGAAACAAAGAAUUUUCCAAUGAUACAGCCGAGGCAAUUGUAAAUUUACAGACUGAUUUAAACUUUGCCUACAACACUAAUAGAUUCGUCAAUUUGUAUAGUGCUUCAAAUCAGCCUAUUUACCAGUAUAGGUUUAAUUAUGUAACUGAUAUGAACUAUAUAAAAAUAUCGUUGGGUUUGGCGCAUAUGAAAGGAGUGUCCCACGCAGAUGACUUAUUUUAUUUAUUCAACAAUGCUGAGACUAAAGAUGUUUAUGAAAAACAAGAGAAAGUUAGGCAAAUAGUAUACAAAGUAACGAAACUGUGGACUGAUUUUGCUAAAACCGGUAAUCCAACGCCCAACAAUAGUCUUGGUGUGAAAUGGGAGCCAUUCAGUCGUGCUGGUCAGCAGUAUUUGAACCUUGAGGAUCCAUUGUCAGUAGGACACGGCGUUGAUCAAGACAGAAUAAAAUUCUGGGACACUCUGUACUGCGAAUCGGGAGCACCUUGUAUAGCGAAAUAGAAAAAAAACGUUCGUGUACAUAAUAGACUACUUAUAAAAAAUAGAUUUUAUUAUAAUACA